AUGCCGACGCUCCGCAGCGCCACGCUGAGCCCUGCCCCGGCGGCCACCCCGUCCCCGACGGCCACCACCCCCUCCCCGGCGGCCGCCGGCACCACCCCGAGCAGCGCGGCCAAGCGCCGCAUGACCGCUCGCCGCGCCGCCGAUUCGCCCGAUUCGCCCCAUUUCACCUCCCCCCACAAGUCCCCGCUCGCCGGCACCGGCAAUUUCGGCGCCCCGAAGAUGCUCUCGGCGUCGCCCAAGUCCUCCCGGAAGCGCCUCUACGGCGACCUCGUCCCGGCGGAGAGACCCAAGUGGAACCCAAGAGAUCCGGCGCAGAUGCAGGCGGUCAAGGAGGCGCUGCACGUGGCCACGACGCCCUCGUGCGGCCUGGUUUGCAGGGACGAUGAGCAAAGGCGCGUGUUCGAAUUCUGCAAGGCGUGUGUCCAGCAGGAGAGGGCGGGGAGCCUCUACGUGUGCGGGUGCCCCGGUACAGGGAAGACACUGUCGAUCAGCAAGGUCAAGCAGAGCGUGUCGCGAUGGGCUGAUGAGAUGGGAAUGGAGACGCCUGAUGAUUUGUCAAUCAAUUGCACGAACCUUGGAAACACAUCUGACAUUUUUGGCAAGAUACUUGAAAAAUUCCAGGUUCGGAAAAAGGCAAGUGGCAAAUUGUCACCACUUCAGCAACUGCAGCGUAUGUUUUCUCACAAAGAAUCUGCUCCAAGGAGGAUGCUAUUGGUCGUUGUGGAUGAGAUGGACUACUUGAUAACAAGAGACCGCGCUGUGCUACAUGACCUUUUCAUGCUUACCACCCACCAGUUCUCGAGAUGCAUACUGAUAGGAAUUGCAAAUGCAAUAGACCUAGCAGAUCGGUUUCUUCCAAAGCUUGAAUCCUUAAAUUGCAAGCCACUUGUUAUAACUUUCCGAGCCUAUUCCAAGGAUCAAAUAUCCAACAUAAUUAAUCAUAGGUUAAAGGUUCUUGAGUAUGAUGUCUUUGAGCCAAUGGCGAUAGAAUUUUGUGCUAGGAAAGUAGCUGCAGCCACUGGAGACAUGAGAAAAGCUCUUGGUGUUUGCAGGAGUGCUGUGGAAAUAUUUGAAUCAGGACUACAAGAUUCUUCUGAUAAAGGAGCUGGAGUUGUGACAUUUGACCAUAUGGACAUUGCCUUGUCGAAGGUUUUCAGGCCAGCAGUAGUAAAUAACAUACUGUGCCUUCCCCAACACCAACAGAUGGUGCUGUGUGCACUGGCAAAUACCUUUCAACAUUCCAGGAAAAAGGCUACUACUCUAGGAGAGCUCAACAAAUCAUACAUAGAAAUUUGUAGAUCGACCCAAGUUCCAGCAGUUGGGAUGCUUGAAUUUUCUAACAUGUGCAUGAUUUUGAGCGAUCAGGGAUACUUGAAAUUAGGGCAAUCCAAAGAAGAUAAGCUUAGAAGAGUAAUGCUUCAGAUUGACAUUUCAGAUAUUACUUUUGCAUUUAAGGGUAGCCGAUUCUUUGAGAAGUGCCUUGAGCAACCAAAAUUUUAG